GGAGCUGCUGCCGCUUCUGCGCCGGCCGGAUUGGGCCCGUGGGGUUCGUGAACACUGCGCGUCUCGGCCUCCUGCCGCGGCGCGAGCUGCGCAGGCUCGGGGCCCGGUGGGUCUGCGGCGCGGAGGGGCCCGGCCCGGGCGGGAGGGUGUUUUUCAGGCGUGUUUUUGGCUCCUGGGUCCGUGCUUGGGGGCUUUGGUGUUUGUCCUGCUGCUGCUGCUUUACGACCCUUUCUCCCUUGUGACCCUUUUCGACGCCCCAGACCCUGGUUCCUAAGAGAAGCGGCCCUUGGCCUUUAGCGGGGUUGGGUUAGUGCCUGGGCUGGGGUCGCGGCAGGCCCCGCCCUCGGAAGGCUCCUGGAACCCGGUCAGUCGGUCUCAGGGAAGCUUGCCCGCCGCGGUCCGUGUCCAGCUGUGCAAGGCCGAGCAGGCUGCGCCUGGGCUCCUCAUCCUCCUCCAGCAGCCGGUGUGCCCUCCCGCCGUCCGGGGGUGAGCAGCGCGCUCCUGGCCUGGCUCUGGGGCGGUUGGACCACGUUCGCGCCCAUCGUUCUCCCUGUGCUGGUUGCAGCUGUGCAGCAGUGGACAGCGCAGAGCAGGCGGGCGGGGCGUCAGGCGGGAGGAUGGAUGUCGACGCGGAGAGAGAGAAGAUUUCCAAGGAGAUCAAGGAGCUGGAGAGGAUUUUGGAUCCAGGCUCUUCAGGCAUCAAUGACGACGUCUCAGAGUCGAGUCUGGAUUCGGAUUCUGAGGCAGAGUCACUGCCAGACGACGACGCGGAUGCUACUGGCCCCCUGCUCUCGGAGGACGAGCGGUGGGGAGACGCCAGCAACGACGAGGACGACGCGAAGGAGCGGGCCCUGCCCGAGGACCCCGAGACCUGCCUGCAGCUGAACAUGGUCUACCAGGAGGUGGUCCGCGAGAAGCUGGCCGAGGUCAGCCUGCUGCUGGCCCAGAACCGCGAGCAGCAGGAGGAGGUCUCGUGGGCCCUGGCGGGGUCCGGAGGCCGCAGGGUGAAGGACGGCCGGAGCCCGCCCGCGCGCCUGUACGUGGGGCACUUCAUGAAGCCCUACUUCAAGGACAAGGUCACCGGGGCGGGGCCUCCUGCCAACGAGGACACGCGGGAGAAGGCCGCCCAGGGCGUCAAGGCCUUUGAGGAGCUUCUGGUGACCAAGUGGAAGAGCUGGGAGAAGGCCCUGCUCCGGAAGGCCGUGGUGAGCGACCGCCUGCAGCGUCUGCUUCAGCCCAAGUUACUGAAGCUGGAGUACCUGCAGCAGAAGCAGAGCAGGGCGACGAGUGACGCGGAGAGGCAGGCCCUGGAGAAGCAGGUCCGCGAGGCCGAGAAGGAGGUGCAGGACAUCAGCCAGCUGCCAGAGGAGGCCUUGCUCGGCCACAGGCUGGACAGCCACGACUGGGAGAAGAUUGCCAACGUGAACUUUGAAGGCGGCCGCAGCGCGGAGGAGACCCGCAAGUUCUGGCAGAACCACGAGCACCCGAGCAUCAACAAGCAGGAGUGGAGCGCGCAGGAGGUGGACCGGCUGAAGGCCAUCGCGGCCAAGCACGGCCACCUGCGGUGGCAGGAGAUCGCCGAGGAGCUGGGGACCCGCCGCAGUGCCUUCCAGUGCCUGCAGAAGUACCAGCAGCACAAUGCAGCCCUGAAGCGCAGGGAGUGGACGCAGGAGGAGGACCGCAUGCUCACCCAGCUGGUGCAGGCCAUGGGUGUCGGCAGCCACAUCCCCUACCGGCGCAUCGCCUACUACAUGGAGGGGAGGGACUCCACGCAGCUCAUCUACCGCUGGACCAAAAGCUUGGACCCCGCCCUGAAGAAGGGGCUCUGGGCACCAGAGGAGGACGCGAAGUUGCUCCAGGCAGUUGCCAAAUAUGGGGAGCAGGACUGGUUUAAAAUCCGGGAGGAGGUGCCAGGGGUGACCUUUGAAGCACGAGCGUUUCCAGCAAGCCGUCAGCGGACGUCGCUUCCCUGUGCUCCUCUGUGGCCGCCUGCGCUCUGGGUGUCGCGGCUUGGAAACCGUCGCGGGGGCCGGCAGCCGCGUGGCUUCUCCAGGACCCCUCGUUCCGUUUGCCGCAGGUAUCUCCGGAGGUUGCGGCUGAGCUUGAAGAAGGGACGAUGGAGUGCCCAAGAAGAGGAAAGGCUCCUUGAGCUGAUAGGAAAACACGGCGUGGGUCACUGGGCGAAAAUAGCCUCUGAGCUCCCACACCGGACAGACUCCCAGUGCCUGAGCAAGUGGAAGAUCAUGGCCAGGAAGCAGCAGAGCCGGGGCAGGCGGCGGCGGCGGCCCCUUCGCAGGGUGUGCUGGAGCUCCAGCAGCGAGGACAGCGAGGACAGCGGGGACAGCGGGGGCUCCAGCAGCAGCUCCAGCAGCAGUGAGGACGUGGAGCCGGAGGGAGCCCCAGAGGCCCGGGCGGAUGGCCCGGCGCCGCCGUCGGCGCAGCACCCCGUGCCGGACAUGGACCUGUGGGUUCCCACCAGGCAGAGCGCCAGGGUGCCGUGGGGAGUGGGGCCGGGGGCCUGGCCCGGCCACCGCAGCGCCUCCCCCAGGCCUCCCGAGGGCUCCGACGUGGCCCCAGGAGAGGAGGCGGGCCGGGCCCAGGCCCCCUCUGAGACCCCAAGCGCCAGCCUGAGAGGCGGCGGGUGCCCACGCUCAGCGGAUGCGCGCCCCUCGGGCUCCGAGGGGCUGGCGGACGAGGGGCCGAGGCGUCCGCUCACGGUGCCCCUGGAGACGGUGCUGCGCGUGCUUAGGACCAACACGGCCGCCCUGUGCCGGGCACUGAAGGAGAAGCUGCGGCGGCCUCGCCUGCUCGGCUCACCCCUGGGGCCCAGCCCCAGCGACGGCAGCGUGGCCAGGCCCCGCGUGCAGCCGCGGUGGCGCCGGAGACACGCCCUGCAGAGGAGGCUCCUUGAGCGCCAGCUUCUGAUGGCCGUGAGCCCGUGGGUGGGCGACGUCACCCUGCCGUGUGCGCCCUGGAGGCCCGCCGUGCUGCACAGGCGAGCCGAUGGCAUCGGGAAGCAGCUGCAGGGCGCCCGCCUGGCCAGCACCCCCGUCUUCACCCUCCUCAUUCAGCUGUUCCGGAUCGACACGGCCGGCUGCAUGGAGGUCGUUCGGGAGAGGAGGGCCCAGCCGCCCGCCCUGCCAAGCGGGGGGAGGGUGCCGUCGAGUGCCCGGAAUAGCCCAGGCCACCUCUUCCAGAACGGGUCAGCCCGAGGAGCAGCAAAGAAGAGUGCCAGCCACAGCGGGGGCGGCGGGCCUCAGUCCGCACCAGCUCCAAGUGGACCCCGGCCCAAGCCCAAAACCGUGUCUGAGCUGCUUCGCGAGAAGCGUCUGCGGGAGGCCCGAGCCCGGAAGGCCGCCCAGGGCCCCGCGGUCCUCCCGCCCCAGGGGCUGCUCUCCUCGCCCGCCAUCCUCCAGCCGCUGCCCCCCCAACAGCUCCCGGUCUCCGGCGCCGUGCUCUCUGGACCUGGGGGCCCGGCAGUAGCCAGUCCAGGUGCUCCAGGCCCCUGGGCCUCAGCCAAGGAGGGACCGCCAUCCCUGCACGCCUUGGCCCUCGCUCCGGCCUCCAUGGCAGCCGGCGUGACCCCUGCUGCCCCCAGGGCCCCAGCUCUGGGCCCCAGCCAGGUCCCUGCGAGCUGCCACCUGAGCAGCCUCGGACAGUCGCAGGCACCAGCCACGUCUCGGAAGCAGGGCCUGCCCGAAGCACCGCCUUUUCUCCCUGCAGCCCCCAGCCCCAUUCAGCUGCCUGUUCAGCCCCGCAGCCUAACGCCGGCUCUGGCUGCACACACGGGCGCAUCCCACGUGGUGGCCAGCACCCCUCUGCCCGUUACCUGGGUGCUCACAGCCCAGGGGCUGCUCCCUGUGCCAGCUGUGGUGGGCCUUCCCAGGCCAGCAGGGCCUCCUGACCCCGAGGGGCUGUCGGGCACGCCUCCUCCUUCCCUGACGGAGACGCGGGCGGGCCGGGGCCCCAAGCAGCCCCCAGCCCACGUGAGUGUGGGGCCCGAUCCCCCUGCCAAGACACCCCCCACGGCCCAAAGCCCUGCAGAGGGGGACGGUGACGUGGCCCACGGCCCUGGGGGACCGUCCUGCCCCGGAGAAGCCCAGGUGGCUGGGGAGGCAUCUGUGCCCAGGACGUUGUCCCCGGCCAAGCCCCUGGCCGACCACCCUGAGGCCGAGCCUUGUGGGUCCAGCCAGCUGCCUCUGCCAGGUGGCCUCAGCCCAGGAGGGGCACCCACGAGGCAUCAGGGCCUGGAGAGGCCACCCCCACCCUGGCCUGGGCCUGAGAAGGGUGCCCCGGACUUGCGCCUCCUGUCCCAGGAGAGCGAGGCGGCCGUGCGGGGGUGGCUGACAGGGCAGCGGGGGGUGUGCGUGCCCCCGCUGGCGAGCAGGCUCCCCUACCAGCCCCCCACACUGUGCAGCCUGCGGGCGCUGUCUGGCCUCCUGCUCCACAAGAAGGCCUUGGAGCACAGGGCUGCCUCCCUGGUGCCCAGCGGGGCAGCCGGAGCCCAGCAGGCCCCCCUGGGGCAGGUGCGGGAGCGGCUCCAGUCCAGCCCGGCCUACCUGUUGCUGAAGGCACGGUUCCUGGCGGCCUUCGCCCUGCCCGCGCUCCUGGCCACCCUGCCGCCCCACGGCGUCCCCACCACCCUGUCAGCAGCCGCGGGGGUGGACUCCGAGAGCGACGACGACAGCCUGGACGAGCUGGAGCUUGCUGACAACGGCGGACCGCUCGGGGGCUGGCCCAGUGGACGCCAGGCGGGGCCCGCAGCCCCCACCCCCACUCAGGGAGCACCUGGUGAGGGCUCGGCAGCCCCCGGCCUGGAUUCUGACGACCUUGACAUACUCAGAACCCGGCACGCCUGGCACGCCCGGAAGCGGAGGCGGCUGGUGUGAGGGGCGGGGAUUGCCCUAGGGCGACACCCACUGCUGCGGCCAGGAGGAGGUGGGCCCGGGGCCCCCGCUGACCCCCUGACCCGCGGAAGAAAGGCCCUACCAGCAGCGACCACGUCAUGACGUGCACAUCAGAGCAGCGGAGGGGCAAAGACAUGGGGGGGCUCCCUGGGGGGCAGCAGCUGGGUCACCGCCAUGGCACAGAUUCAAGUCCUUGGCCUAGGAACUGCCCCAGCCGCAGGUGCAGCCAACAAAUAAAUAAUUUUUUUUGAA